AUGAUGUCCCGCGAAGUGCUGCUGGUGAUCGGUGUGAUCUUUCACAUCGUCUACCUGUUCAGCAUUUUCGACAUUUACUUUACAUCUCCCAUUGUUCAUGGCAUGACUCCUCAAAAGAGUCCAGUCGCUGCACCAGCAGAUCGUCUUCUUCUUAUUGUAGGUGAUGGGCUACGCGCAGACAAGCUUCUUGAGUUGGAUAAUGGUAUUGCCCGUGCUCCUUAUUUAAGAAAUAUUAUCAAAACUGAAGGAAGUUGGGGUGUAUCUCACACACGUGUGCCUACCGAGUCAAGACCUGGGCAUGUAGCUAUAAUUGCUGGUUUUUAUGAAGAUGUGAGUGCAGUAACGACAGGCUGGACUAUGAACCCUGUGAACUUUGACUCGGUUUUUAAUCAAUCAGAACACACAUGGUCUUUUGGAUCUCCAGAUAUUUUGCCAAUGUUUCAACAUGGUGCAAGUGAUCCUAGUCGUGUGGAUACAGUCAUGUAUCCACCAGAAUAUGAAGAUUUCUCUGGUGAGGCUUCUCAUCUUGAUACCUGGGUGUUUGAUCACUUCAGAGCAUUGUUCGAAGAGGCAAAAACCAAUCCUGAAUUAAACACUAAGCUGAGAAAACCCAAAAUUGUCUUCUUUCUUCACUUGCUUGGUUUGGAUACAAACGGCCAUGGUUUUAGACCUCAUUCGAAAGAGUACUGUGAGAACAUCGCCAUGGUUGAUAAAGGUGUUUCUGAAAUGGUAAAUCUUGUUGAAGACUUUUAUGGCCACGACGGAAGAACUAGCUUUGUAUUUACAGCCGAUCAUGGCAUGAACAACAGAGGCGCUCACGGAGAUGGUCAUCCAGACAAUACACGUACACCAUUAAUUGCCUGGGGUGCUGGUAUUAACAAACCAAUGAAGGGGUCCAAAGGACACGACGAAUUUUCGGCUGAAUGGGAUUUAUCUGAUGUCCAGAGAAAUGAUGUGCUCCAAGCUGACAUUGCUCCAUUGAUGUCCCAUUUGGUUGGCAUCCCUUUGCCUGUUAACUCAGUUGGAGAACUCCCGCUUAAUUACCUUGACGGAGACGAAUACACCAAAGCUCAGGCUGCAUUUGCGAACGCACGCCAGAUUGCUGAACAAUACAAAAUCAAACAUGAUGAAAAGGAGGAAAAGGAGAUGUUCUUUAGACCUUUCCGUCCCUUGUCAGGUUCCAACGAUCCCAGUAACUAUCUCAGCCAAAUACAAACCUUAAUUGAUAUAAAAGAUUACAUGGCAGCAGAAUCUCUUUCAAAGAAGUUGAUGAGUGAAUGCUUGGCAGGCCUUCGCUACUUCCAGACCUAUGACUGGCUGUUCCUCCGAGGAGUCAUUACUGCCGGAUAUGUUGGAUGGUGUGCGUUCUGUCUUGAGUUUGUAAUCAGAUAUUACAUUUUAUCUGAAAACACGAUAAAGUAUCUUGGCCAAUCCACAUCCAAACUGAUUGAUGGUAUGGCAGUAUUAGUGUUUGGGUUCUUGUCCUUUAUGGUGUGGAUCCAGGAUAUGCCAACCAUGUAUUAUGCCUAUGUAUUCUUUCCCGUCUAUUUCUGGCGCCAAGUAUUACAAAACAAAGAUAUUUUUGCGGCAAUUCUUAGCUCUGCUUCACGUGAAGGAUGGACCGUUUUGAUACGAAACACAAUUGGGACACUUUUGGCACUUGAAUUAUUGGUCUACAGCUAUUUCCGUCGCGAGGUUCUCACUGUGUGCUUUGUGUUGCUUGCAACUUGGCCGUUUUUUAUGCCUGCUCGUAUGCGUAGGCAUUAUUCCUCUCUAUUGACAUUAUGGAGUAUAUCUUGUCUGUGCACAAGUGUUUUUACACUUUUGCCAGUUGAAAAGGGUGAAAACAUCUUGUUGAAAAAGAAUAUUUUUUGUAUUAGCGUAUUUGGUGGCCUGGCUGGUAUUUCUGUUGGCGGAUUUGUGCUGGCAAAAUUGGAACGUGACAAUCGUAUUAAAAGAAAGACUUCUAUCUUAAUGAAGAUACAGUUACUCCUGAACCUUGUCAGUAUUAUUCUAGUCUAUUCCACAUCAACAAGCCUGCAGAAACGACAAGGACUUCCUGUAAUUAACCAAUUAUUGAGCUGGACUGUCAUGGCCUUUUCUAGUAUUUGUCCUUUCGUCUACCGCGGACCUUCUAAUGAAGACUAUCUCGCCCGUCUUUUGAUGAUUUGCUUAUCUUUUGCACCCCUUAUGACCUUGCUCAGUAUCUCAUAUGAAAUGUUGUUUUACGUCUGUUUCUGCAGCACUGUUCUUCUCUGGCUAGAAACCGAACGCGCGCUCUACCGUGAUCAAAGAAGAUCAGUUGAUCGUCCUCUCCAAACAAGCGAUUGCCGGGCAGUUUUGAUUUUUUUGUUCUUUAUCUGUGUCGGAUUCUUUGGCACGGGUAACGUGGCAUCCUUGAGUAGUUUCUCUCUCGAAAGUGUCUAUCGAUUCGUGACAAUAUUCAACCCCUUUUUGAUGGGCGUUCUAUUAAUUGCCAAGAUCCUGAUCCCUUUCUUUGUGGCCUCUGCUGUUUUGGGUGUACUUAGUAUCAGCCUUGAUCUUUCACCUUUUAGUUUGAUUCUGGCUGUGAUGAGUAUAACAGACGUUCAGACGAUUAACUUCUUCUAUUUUGUCAAGGACUCAGGUAGUUGGCUAGAGAUCGGUACCACAAUCAGUCAUUUUUGUAUCUCGGAGUUGUUUAUCAUCUUCACCAUCAUAUUGUUCUUGCUGUCUCGACUAUUGGUUGGACAUCUUGUUCUGCCCAAACUGUCAAGCAUGGCAGAUUAG